AUUUCAGGUUGCCAUUUCGAGGCAGCACAACAGCGUCAAUAAUUCUGCCGUCUGGCCAGCGCUUGAACACUAUCCCAUCACCGGGCAUCUCCCUACCCGAAUUCAAAAUGGCCACACGAACGCUGGAAUCUCACUUCGAGCGGCUGUCCGUGACGGAUGAAAACGAUCCCGGGGCGACCGGUCGUCUCUAUCAGAAGGCAAAGGCCGUCACUUCCUCGAGCCAGCUUGCGCACAGUGCCAGCAGACCAAACCUGUACAAAGUUGCUCUGCAAGCACAAAGUACCAACACCGUUACCGCCACCGUCACUCUCCCAUCCCAGGCCGCUCAGUGGAAGAGCUCGGCCAUCCCAACUAACCUGGCGUCGUCGCCAAAGAAGGAUAAAUCGACGUCACUAUCAUCACGCAUCUCCGACGAUGCUGAGCACACCUACGUCGACCAACCUCUCGUGCCCAAGCAGUUCCACUUGGGUAUGUUCGAGAUUGGGCGGCCACUCGGCAAGGGCAAGUUUGGACGAGUGUAUCUGGCACGCGAGCGCAGCAGCGGCUACAUCUGCGCACUCAAGGUGCUCUACAAGUCCGAGCUGCAGCAUGGAUCGGGCGUGGAGAAGCAAGUGCGGCGCGAGAUCGAGAUCCAGAGCAAUCUGCGCCACCCCAACAUUUUGAAACUCUACGGGCACUUUCACGACAGCAAGCGCAUUUUCCUGAUCCUCGAGUUCGCGGGGAAGGGCGAGCUGUACAAGCACCUGCGGCGCGAGAACCGGUUCCCGGAGUGGAAGGCGGCGCAGUACAUUGCCCAGAUGGCGUCGGCGCUGCGCUACCUGCACCGCAAGCACGUCAUCCACAGGGACAUCAAGCCCGAGAAUAUCCUCAUGGGCAUCCACGGCGAGAUCAAGAUCUCCGACUUUGGCUGGAGCGUGCACGCGCCGAACAACAGGCGCAAGACCCUCUGCGGCACGCUGGACUAUCUCCCGCCCGAGAUGAUCAAGUCCGGCAGCAAAGACAACUGGUACGACGAGAAGGUCGACCUGUGGAGUCUGGGCGUGCUGACGUACGAGUUCCUCGUUGGCGAGGCGCCGUUCGAAGACACGCCCAUCAUGACGCAGAAGCGAAUUGCCAGGGCCGACAUGACCAUCCCGGAGUGGGUGAGCAAGGAGGCCAAGGAUCUUAUCAGAAAGCUUUUGGUGCUUGACCCUGAGAAGCGUCUCCCGCUUGAAGAGGUCCAGAACCACCCUUGGAUCAUCAAGCACUGCGUGAAAGGUGAAAGGGCCUCGAACAGGGAGAAGUCGCUCAAAUAAUGCCCGGAGCCGAUGGUUUUUUCUUGGUCUGCGAGUUGUUCUAGGAGUAAAGAAUAGGCGUUUGGGAGUCGACGGGGAAGGUCAGGUUUUGCCAGACAUUUCGAGUUCAUUGCAUAUAGCGGAGUUUUAGCGGGUUUGAUCUUGAAUGCUACAGCUACAGCGCGGGGCUAUGACCCGUU